UGGCAACGAAUCCGGUGCAUGGUGGUGCAUCUGGGGAAGAUGAUAGCAUCUUUCAAGCGGCAGAAUAAUCGAUCGAAUAAUAGCGAUAAAGGGAAUGUUAGUUUGCGAUUUUGCAGAGAUCUCCAGACGUUGGCCAUUGUUCAGUGGCAGUGUUUUAGGGCUUGUAACCGUCUCAAUGAUGAAUGUGGUCUAUCGAAUGUAUCCAUUUUUGGGAUGUUUUUCUACGUGCUCACUGCAAAAAGUUUUCAGCUAUUCUACAUUUGCUCGAUCGAGUUCAAACGUCACGGGUUUACCUUCACUCAUUUGCUAGAACCAACUGUGCUGAUAAUCGCAGUUUUUUUAUACUUUUUUACAUCCGCCUAUCUUGGUGAAAUGGUACUGAGAGAGACACAGCUCGUGAUAAACAAUCUGCACAAAUUUGAGUCUAUGCAUACGACUUCCCAGCAUAAAAUUAACCAGUCGGAGUUAGUUGAGCAGCUGGGCAAUCAAAUCGUGCAUCAACCUGUAUGCUUUAAUGUGAUCAAUUUCUUUCAGAUAGAUCUCAAAUUUUUCCAUUUGGUGAUGGCAUCCGUCGCAACAUAUUUAAUCAUAUUAUUGCAAUUCGAUUUCCAAAAUUAAUGUUCAAGCUCGCACACACACUACAUAAUCGUUGUUGGGAUCAACUCAAAAUGGUUCCUCGUCGUGAAAAACGUAUGUUCCUGCCACCUUUGUUAAAGACAUCAAUCUUUCACAGUAUGCACACGCCACGGGUAAGUGUAGUGAAUGCACGUGCGCACAGCCGUUAGUGCU